AUGGGACUAUGGGACGAGUUGUGUCUCAUUUGUGGCCUGAGCCUAGGUGGAGGACCCGGGUCAAUGUUCGCAGACGGAGGCCUAGAACAUUGUCUAGAUGCGAUCAUGGAAAGUCUUGAAAAACAAGGGCUUUCCCUGGAUAUCAGUCAAGACCAACUACGCGACGAGCUUAGGAGGAUUCUUCUCCUUUUUCAGUUCGACGACUAUGAGAUACCUACACCAUAUGAAGAGGCCGUUAAAAGUGGCUCUAUAUCCUCAGUGUCUUACUUCCCAUUCCCCUCUGAGGAGUGGGAUGGGUGGAAAGCGAUCGCAAUCGGAGUGUUUGACGACUCUUUUUCCGAUCCAGAUGGCAUUAUCAUAACUCGCCUUGUGUGCUACCCUUCUGGCUGUGGUGGAUUGUUCGAGGGAAUUGAAGGCCAAACCGGCAUGAUCCAAACGGAGGCUGGUGUAGACAGCGGAGGCAUGUUUUGUCUUCGGACACCUUAUCACUAUCUUCGAUACUGGGUCGACAGAGAUAGUCUCCCUCCUCGGCAGACCGCCUUUCCACUCGAACCUGAUAUGAGCUUCGAAAGCGAAUUUUACGAGAUUGUGCGUUUCUGGGACGCUGGGGAUGACUCCGGAAUAUUGUCCGGUAUAUCGUAUGGAGGCAUAGAGCGAUGCCUUGAGCAAUUUCACGACCAUUUCUCUACUGGAUUCGGGAGAGCUUCCGAACUAGGUAGAGCUCUAGAAGCCGGUACGAGGGGAAACGACUUGAUCCCGGCCUUACUCAACGAUUUCAACGUCUGGCAAACAUGUCCACCUGAUAGCGGAACUACAAUUACUGGUCCUUUGGGCGUCCUUCCAGAUGAAGUCAUUUUCGAAAUCCUCCUGAAUAUACCGAUUGAUAGCAUCCUCUCUUUUACAUCUACGUGUAAAUCCCUGCGCCAUCACUUUGGAAGAGAGGUCAACAGGUUCUGUACCGCGUGCAAUGACUCGAAACCAUCUCAAGCCGAAUCUGCAAACUCAAGCCCCAUCGACGUGUCGGCGAUUUUCAAUGCCGAGUUUCCUCUGGUGGAGUUCUUCCGCACCAAUUACCGCACGGACUCGAUGAGGAAUCGAAGAAGGUUGUGGAAAAUAUCUCAGCAUUUUCGGGAAGAGUGGUAUCAGUACAGG